GUGUUUAGGAUUGUUAUUUUUUAAUCCAACGAACUAUAAUUGAGACUAUUAGUAGAACUUUGUGCGACGUAUAAAAUCAGCCCUGCAUUUCAUCCACGAAUAGGGCUCGUAUGUCGAAGAUAAACACAGCACACUCAGGGAAACGUCCGAUGUAAACUCCAUUCUUAAUAGUCCAGGUAGGAAAGAAACAGCACUCCUGAACACAUUCGGCGUUAUAUGUUGUUGCAUCUGGGCUUGUAUUGCGGACAUUUUGAGAACCUUAACUCUUCCGUUGUGCUUGGUCAAAAGAAACUCGGGAUGGGAAAUCUCCUGCGGGGAGGGGAAAAAUUAAUCGGAAAAGCGUUUAAACAGCCAUUCCUUGUAGAAAUACGGCGCCACCGGCGAAAGACCGCAGCGGCUGAGAGUACGGUUACUGUCGGCAAGGAGAGAAGGGUGGGGUUUGGACGAGGAAGUUCCGGGCAGCCUCUUCUGUGCCUCCGCUGCGCCUCCUGGCGGUCACUCCGGCACUUUGCUUCGGCUCACUCCAGCCAAGGGCCUCGUUGCCAAUUUAACUGCAGUCGCAGCGAAGGAGGCGCCCAGCGCUCCCGCCCUCCUCCUCCUCCUCCUCCCCGCAACUCCCCCUCCGCCGCUUCCCUGCGAGUUGACUCGGCACAGUAAGCGCAGGGCCUGAACUCGGGCCCGUCCCGUUCGUCCCGCCGCCGUCAUGGACAUGAAGAAACGGAUCCGCUUGGAGUUACGAAACCUGACUCCUCCGGAUGUUAAAGAGCUUGUUCUUGAUAACUGCAGAUCAACUGGUGGUGAAAUUGAGGGACUCACAGAAAAGUUUGUGAACUUGGAGCUUCUCAGCCUAAUAAAUGUUGGACUGUACUCUGUCUCAAAUCUCCCUAAACUCCCCAAAUUGAAAAAGCUUGAACUCAGUGAGAACAGAAUUUCUGGAGGCCUUGAUGUAUUAGCAGAAAAACUUCCUAACCUCACACAUUUAAAUCUCAGUGGAAAUAAACUGAAGGAUAUUGAUACUUUGGAACCAUUGAAAAAGUUGGACUCUCUGAAGAGCCUUGACCUGUUCAACUGUGAAGUAACAAAUCUAAAUGACUACCGAGAGUGUGUCUUCACACUUCUUCCACAACUCACAUAUCUGGAUGGAUAUGAUCAGGAAGAUAAAGAGGCUUCUGACUCAGAUGCUGAAGUAGAUGGUUUUGAUGAGGACGAUGAGGACGAUGAGGAAGAUGAUGAUGAUGACGAUGACGACGACAUAUAUGAGGAUGAGGACGAAGACGAGGAUUCAUUUUAUGGUUUCUUUGGUUAUGAAGGGGGACAAGAUGAAGAAGAGGAAAAUAGUGGAGAGGAGGAAAAGGUUGUCCAUGACAGUGAAGAAGAUGAAGAAGAUGAUGAUGACGAUGAUGAUGAUGAAAAGGAAGAAGUUGAAGAAGAGAAUAGGAAAGGUGAAAAACGAAAAAGAGAAACAGAUGAUGAAGGGGAGGAAGAGGAUGACUGAAUUCUUCUGUGUCUCCAAAGGACUGUUCAGUAUUUCUUGGGGUACCCCUUGGAUGAUCUGUGACUUGAGGAGCACGUGUGACGCACCUGUAGUUCUCCCCCUCCAAGCGCAGCACUCAAAAAAAAAAAAAAGCCAAAGAGUCGGCUAUUCCUGUGACAUUCCAUGUACCCUGCAGCUGAUUUCUCCGGGUGGUUACAGACCCUAGCCUCCUUGGGCUAGCACCUUCACUUAUCCCCUUGGAGUUCCCAGGCCUUCAUCUCUCCCCAUUGCCCUAGCAAGAAGAACAAGUGUGGUGGGCCAGUCCUGGCUGUAGGGGCUCCACAUCACCCACGGACUGGACUUCCCUUUUUACUCUCUGUACAACAAGGCUUUGUAAAUAGAGUCCUAAAGUUUUGGGGACUGCUCGUCAUGCUUUGCUUUCCCUGCCUUUUGUUCCUUUUCUAAGCCAUUGGAUAUUUUUUACAUUAGGAUGUUUUAUGCAACAACAGAAAAAGUAUUUUUAAGAACUUGAAUUAAAUAAAUGUUAUUUGAUAAACUAAUCUCGCAGUUAUUAUAUUCAGAGAGGUUUGAAAAUGUGCCUUUUUUUUGUUUUUGCUUAAACUUUAGUAGACAGGGUUGUGAAUAUUCUGCAUUUGUGAAAUAAAACAGAAUCUGGAUUCUUUGAUCUAUUAAGGUUGUUUAGGUUAGGUAAUUUAUUUUGCUAUGCAAGUAAAUAACCCAGGAAGCCCUGCUUCUUCUUUUUCCCCAGCUUUACAGAUUGUACAAUUUACAAUGUAAGUAAAUUUAGAAAACUGACUUUUGAAGUUAAAUGUGCUUCCAGGUUAUAAAUGAACAGUACCAGGCUUGGAAGAUUUUAGGUGUUCACAGAGUUUUCUAUCUAGACGUGUUACUUAUUCAGAUAUUGUUUGUAGCCGUAUUUUUAGCUAUUUUGCAUAAGUAUUUCAAAUAGCCAUACUAAUACUAUAAUCCUAUGCAUAUAGGAUAAUAGUAGCUGUAAUUGUACCCAGAGGAAUUUGCUGCCAUGUGUAAAGGAUUCUGGCUUAAUGCACGUGUUUCAAUAUUUGAUAGAAAUUCAGUUGUAGCACUUGGUUGGUAAUGUUUUUCUGAUCAAAGGGUGAAUUCUGGAAUCUGUUAAAUGAAAUGAUCAGAGGAUGUAUUUCUAAAGUUCCUUUACAUAGUUUUUGCAAUCCUGCCAAUCAGCAGUUUUGUUGUAAGGGAAGGUUCUAAUUCCAGCCUUACUAAAAAGCCAUUUGAUUGAAUUUCAGCUUUAAGGGAAAAAAAGAAACAUAUACGGACUAAAGCUGUUGAGGUAUCCUUUAUGGCAUGUGUGAUUAAGCAAUAGUAAAAUGUUCUUGUAGACUAGUAACAGGAUUUUCCAUAGUUACAUGGUUGGUAUAAGUAUUAACAAUGCUUAGCUUUUCAAAGAUCAUUCCUUGUAUUUAUUAAGUACAAGCCUUGUCAUUCUUUCAUAUGGGGAUAUGUCCCCAAUGGCAUUUUAAGUUUCCUUGCUUUUAAAUCACUGUAAUAGAAAAAAAAUACUACCACCCAUAUAUCUUUAAAUAUAGUUAGGCGCUAUUUAAUAAAGCAUAAUCAGUUUGUCAUCACUGUAUAUAGAUUUUUCUUUUCUUUCCCUCUGCCUCAGAAAGCAUACAUGGCUAAAAUUUUGGUCUGCAUGUACUAUUUCAAAAGUGUUUUUAAAAACAAAAGUAAUUUUUAAAAAUAACUUUCAAGUGCUAAUUUGUUUUAUACAAGUUUCUUGGUAAACAGAACAAAAAGCAGUACAUAUAUACAUUUUUCAAGUAGAUUUGGAAUUUUUCAAUCCCUUUGAUCAAAGCAAUACAUAAAAAUAUGCAAAAAAAAA